AUGUGGCAUCUUCUGCUGCUUGGCCUGGCAUGCGGAUCUGCGCAGCCAGUCAAUGAAGUGGGCCUCAGCCUGGCGAAGGCUGGAGCGGAGUCCCAGGUGCAGGCCCAGGCAGCCGUCGCCCAAAUGACUGGCCAGCUGCUUCUAAAGCAGCAGCAGUAUGAAGCGGCAAAGCUGAAAAUGGAGCAGCUCUCGCGUCAGGAAGAGUCAUACUCACGUCGUGCUGAGAUGAUGGCUAAACAGGAAUCCAGGAUGGAAGAACUAGCAAAGGUCCACGGCGGAGUUCUGGAGAAAGCUUUCCGAGCCAAGGCCAGGACGCAAGAGUUCCAAAAGAAAAUGCUCCAAGGGGAGGAGGAGGUGAAGAAGCUGAACCAGGAAAUCAAGGGCCAGAAGCAGCUGCUCAAGACCACGGAGGAUCAGCUGAUCGCAAUUCGGCACCGGGAAGAAGAUUACAACAACGGUGCCCGCCUUGCUGUCAUGAAGAGCAACAAGCUCGAGCGAGACUUGAAGGAUGCGCGCGAAGAGCUCGCGAGCCAAAAGCAGAACCUCAGCGAUGUGAGUGAGUCGGCGCAGGUGCAGGAGGCACGAUGGGAUUCAGCUCGACGCACGCGGGAGAACCAGGAGGUCGCGAAUCUGGCGGAAGAGCGGCUCGUGGAGUCCAGACAAGGUCAGCUGGGUCUGCUUCGACAAGUCAAUUCUCAGGAAAUGUCGCUUGUGGAACAAGAGCUAGAACACACCAAGCUCUUGCUGAAAGAAGCACGUCGCAAGAACAAGGAGGAAGCCAAGGUGGAACAAGAAGCUCUGCGACAGGAGCAACAAGCUGCCAAAGCAACUCACGACGCUGCAGAAGUAAAGCUCCACAAGGUUCAGACCCAACUGGAGCAUACCAGAGAGGAGCAGAAAGCCGCAGUGCAAGCUGCUCGAGAUCGUGCUCAGCGUCACAUCGUGGACGACGAGGAAGAAAGGACGAAGGAGGCAGAGAAGGCGCUGAAACCGUAUCAGCUGAAGCUCCAGGAGGCAGAAGGACGUUUGCAUCAGCAAGAAGUUCAGAACCAGGUGCAAGCACAAGAGAUGACCAGAGAGACGGCAGCAUUGCAAACUGAAGCGAAGCAGAACGCAUCCAACUUGCAGCACCAAGAGCACGGCAGUCUGA